CAGCAGGUGGACCAAAACCAUGAUGCACCUUUCUGUGUUUUGAGGUUUGUCCAACAUUUCUCUCUGUGUGGCUGCUGGGUGAUUUGGGUAGAGACGAAGGGAGACUCUAUUUGAAGUCAGAGCAGAUGUGGAUCAUGUUUGUGUAUGGAUGAGUAUCAGUAUUUCUUCUGCAGAAGCAAAUCCUCAGGUUGCAAAAAUGUUCGGUACAGCACAGUCAUCCAAAGCCCAGUUCCUCGAUAAAGCACGUCAGGCCCGUGAGGAGCGGAGAGAGCUGAAAGAGAGAGAGAGAGCCGCCAUUCAGAUCCAAGCCCUGAUCAGGAGGUUUCUUUGUCGAUGCUGGCUGCAGAGGGAGAUCAGGAGAGAAGUGGAGGAUUUCUUUGAAAUAAAUGAAUCUGCUUCCAGUAAAAGAAGUGCACUUUCCAUCUUCAAAAUUUCCAGGAAACUGCUGUUCAUUUUCAGAAUUAAAGAGGACAAAGAGAGGUUUGAAAAGUUGUGUCACUGUAUCCUGAAUAGUAUGGAUGUUGAGAAUGAGCCCAAGGUGUGGUAUGUGUCAUUAGCACUUUCUAAGGAUCUUACACUCUUGUGGAUCAAACAGAUCAAGGACAUCUUGUGGUUUUGCUGUGAGUUUCUCAAACAGCUUAAGCCUGACAUCCUACAAGACUCUAAACUGGUCAAUUUGCACCUCACGAUGCUUGUUACCUUCACAGACACGUCCAAGUGGAAAAUACUUCGGGGAAAAGGAGAAACCCUGCGACCUGCCAUGAACCACAUCUGUGCAAAUAUCAUGGGACAUCUCAAUCAGAAGGGAUUUUAUUCUGUGCUGCAGAUUUUGCUAACGAAUGGCUUGGCAAGAUCCAGACCAUCCCUGUCCAAAGGCACUUUAACUGCAAUCUUUUCUCUUGCAUUGCGCCCUGUGAUUGCUGCUCAGUUUUCUGACAAUCUCUUGAGAUCAUUCCUGAUCCAUAUCAUGUCAGUGCCUGCUAUUGUGACUCACCUUGCUACACUAACACCUGAGCGUCUGGCAGUGCUAGAAUCCCAUGACCUUUUCCGCAAAUUCAUCUUAUUUUUAAGUCGUGAGGCUCAGUGCCGAGAUGUCUGCGUGUGUUUAGAAGGAAGCCAUACUCUUUGUUUACUGGGUAACCUCAUUUAUCUGGGCUCCUUGAAUGACCAAGUGCUAGAGGACGAGACUGCUCACUUUGUGAGCGUGCUUAUCCACAUGCUCUCUUACUGCCAGAAGUAUGUGUCGCAAAAGAAAUCCAACCUCACGCACUGGCACCCUGUCCUUGGCUGGUUCUCCCAGACUGUGGAUUAUGGGUUAAAUGAGUCCAUGCCUCUGCUCACAAAGCAGUUGCAGCAUCUCUGGGGAGUCCACCUAAUUCGCAUCCUCUUCAGUGAUGUUCUCAGCAAGAAGCUGGUGGAGACUCAGGAGCUGACUUAUCUGUCAGGGCAAACUGCUUCCCCACAGAACAGCCUUCCCAUGAAAAAUCUUUUCAAGCGAGCCUUCCAGAAGUCCGCCUCUGUCCGCAACAUCCUCAAGCCAGUUGGAGGCAAGCGGGUGGAUUCAGCAGAGGUGCAGAAGGUUUGCAGCAUCUGUGUGCUGUACCAAACCACGCUGACGACUCUGACGCAGAUCCGGCUGCAGAUACUCACAGGCCUCACUUAUCUUGAUGACCUGUUGCCCAAAUUGUGGGCAUUUAUCUGUGAGCUGGGACCCCAGGGUGGAUUAAAACUCUUCUUGGAAUGCCUGAACAAUGACACAGAGGAAUCCAAGAGACUGCUGGCUAUGCUGAUGCUGUUUUGUGACUGUUCUCGACACCUUAUCACAAUUCUCGACGAAAUUGAAGUCUAUGAAGAACAGAUCUCAUUCAAAGUGGAAGAGCUAGUUACCAUCUCCUCUUUCCUCAAUUCCUUUGUGUUUAAGAUGAUCUGGGAUGGAAUUGUGGAGAAUGCCAAAGGAGAGACGCUGGAGUUGUUCCAUUCUGUUCAUGGCUGGCUGAUGAUCUUGUAUGAAAGAGACUGCCGCCGGCGCUUUGCUCCUGAGGACCACUGGUUGCGAAAGGACCUCAAACCCAGUGUGCUCUUCCAAGAGCUGGACAAAGACAAGAAGCGAGCUCAGCUGCUCUUGCAGUACAUCCCUCAUGUCAUCCCCCAUAAGAACAGGGUUCUUCUUUUCCGAAACAUGGUGACAAAGGAGAAGGAGAAGCUUGGGCUGGUUGAAACCAGCUCUGCAUCACCUCACGUCACACACAUAACUAUCCGCCGCUCACGCAUGCUGGAGGAUGGAUACGAACAACUAAGGCUGCUGACCCACAACCUCAUGAAGGGAGUUAUCCGAGUGAAGUUUGUGAAUGACCUGGGUGUCGAUGAGGCUGGUAUUGAUCAAGAUGGUGUUUUCAAAGAGUUCUUGGAGGAGAUCAUAAAGAAGGUGUUUGACCCUGCACUCAACCUCUUUAAGACGACCAGUGGCGACGAGAGGCUGUAUCCAUCCCCGACAUCCUACAUCCACGAGAACUAUCUCCAGCUCUUUGAGUUUGUGGGCAAAAUGCUUGGGAAGGCUGUGUAUGAGGGGAUAGUUGUGGAUGUUCCCUUUGCUUCCUUCUUCUUGAGUCAGCUGCUUGGGCACCGUCACAGUAGCUUCUACAGCUCUGUGGAUGAACUUCCCUCUCUGGACUCCGAGUUCUACAAAAACCUCACCUCGAUUAAGCGCUACGACGGAGAUAUCAGCGACUUGGGCUUAACGCUCUCCUAUGACGAAGAUGUGAUGGGUCAGCUUGUUUGCCAUGAACUUAUUCCUGGAGGGAAGACCAUUCCUGUUACCAAUGAAAAUAAAAUCAGCUACAUCCAUCUCAUGGCUCAUUUUCGGAUGCACACGCAGAUAAAAAGUCAGACGGCAGCGCUCAUUAGUGGCUUCAGGUCGAUAAUAAAGCCCGAAUGGAUUCGGAUGUUUUCCGCACCUGAGUUACAGCGGCUCAUAUCCGGUGACAAUGCUGAAAUUGACCUAGAGGACUUAAAGAAACACACCGUGUACUAUGGCGGCUUCCAUGGGAGUCACAGGGUCAUUAUCUGGCUCUGGGACAUCCUAGCCAAUGACUUCAGCCCUGAGGAGAGAGCGAUGUUUCUAAAGUUUGUUACCAGCUGCUCCCGGCCUCCGCUUCUGGGCUUUGCCUACCUCAAGCCUCCUUUCUCCAUCCGCUGCGUAGAAGUCUCAGACGAUCAGGACACUGGCGAUACACUGGGCAGCGUGCUAAGGGGCUUCUUCACCAUACGCAAGAAAGAGCCAGGCGGCCGGCUCCCCACCUCUUCUACUUGUUUUAACCUGCUCAAGCUUCCCAACUACAGCAAGAAGAGCAUCUUGCGAGAGAAGCUGCGCUAUGCCAUCAGCAUGAACACAGGCUUUGAGCUCUCGUAG